GUGAACAUCCGUCGUGAGAAGGUGACCUGUGUAGAAGCAAGACUUUCCUUAAGUUUAGAACGUGUGGCUAUAUCUCGACUGUGUGGUUGUGAAUUUCCAAAGUGAAAGAAUCAACCUGAGGGGAGAGCUAAUUUCCCGUAACGUUGAAACAAUGUGAUCAACAUUUACUGCAAAUUAAGCGUCGGCCAUGACGUUACGACCUGGUUCAUUAUCGUUGUCGAGGGCGUUCUCUCGACUACUACCAUGGAUGGUUUAGUAGUUUCGAGUAAAAGGUGAUUUCUCUCUCUUCUGCUUUCUGGUUCGCUCACUAAGCGUACAUCUGCCGGUGUAUGUUGUUUGUGUGUAUAUGAUUGCAAGCCAAAAGAGUGUGUGUGUGUGUAUGUGUGUGUGCGCGCGUGUGGACCCGAAACCAGCGGUUGCCUACCCAAGAGUCGGAGCCAUUCUCUUCUCUCCAUACGGCUUCUUCUUUCAACGCACUUGAGACUGCCAUUAUACGACGAAGUUGUUGUUUUUCCCUUUUGAAAUUCACAAGCCUUUGAUUCGAGUGUACGUGUUCGAUUUGUGGUCAUACUGGUCUGCAAUCUGCGUUUAUACGGAUUUGCCAGAUCGUAGGAUAUAGUAAACGAUUGAUUUAACUUUGUUGUCGAAAGAUCGUCUCGAAAAGAACGAAAAAACGAGGAGGGGGAAGGGGGAGGGAAACUCUCAAGGUCGUUUGGAUAUGAUGUCGUCGCCGUCUCUGACUGCCACGGGAGGCGCUUCGGUCGCAGCCUCUGCACCAUCGGUCGCGGCCUAUCCCAGUCCUCACCUGAAGCAAGUUCUUCGUUCAUACCAAUCGGCCGCCUCUAGCUCACUAUCGGGACCCAAUGGAAUCCUGACCGGGCCGGAACAUACCGAUGCCAGUUCAGGCCUGGUUUAUUAUGCAUACCCCAGUCUACCUCUGCCUGUAGUGGGUACGUCAGCCAAAUCGUCCUUGGUCGAUGUCACGUGCAGUGGACCCAAAAUUCGAAUCAAGAGCGAGCCCAUUGACGAAAAGUUAUCAGCCGUCGAGACGUCUAUCGGCUGGCCAGCACGCGGCCCACAAACAGAGUACGACGAGUUCAAAGUGCUGAAACUAAAACGGCCGGCCUAUUACGCCACCGUCAAGGACAAGGGUGCCGUUGAUUUGUCUUCGGGCCGCGAUCCAGUCGCUGCCGCUGCUUCAGUCCAAACCGCAACCAAACCGCUGCUAUCGCCGUCACCGCCACAGCAGCAGCAGCAGCCGACCACAACAGCAGCAACACUACCACAGCCAGUACCGCAGCAGCUACUGCCAUCGUUCCCUAUUUUGAGCGCAGCGGAUCGAGGCUGGAGUCACGCUGAACGAAAUGAGACGCAGCUGGAGGGCCAAGCGAUCGCUUGUUUCAAUGUUGGUGGUGAGCCGCGCCUAUGCCUGCCCCAGAUCCUCAAUUCGGUUCUUCAACAGUUUUACGUCAUGCAAAUCCAUGCUGCUUGCGAUGAAUUGCAGAUCAAUUACUCUUCGUGCACGGCCGAACAGCUGGACAGCCUCAAGGCAUCUCCAGCCAUUUUGCCACGAUCAGCCGCCAGCUGCGGACUCAUUACGAAAACCGACGCCCAGAGGCUAUGCAGCGCCUUGCUGCGUCGCGGAAUAAACGAAACAGGCGCCGGAACCGCUCUCGAACCGCAACGUCAACAACAGCAGUCGGCUUCUUCGUCUCAUCCUUCGAGGCCUUGUGACGUAUCUGCCAAGGAUACUAUCGUCAAAACAGAGCCGGAAACUCGUGAGGAACAAGAUGGUGGUAGUUCCCGGUGUAGUACUACGGGCAGUAGUAGUAACAAUAACAACAACAACAAAGGCCGUAGCGGUUGGUUCCGCGUUUAUCACCAAUGUUUCGGCAAGUGCGAAGGUCUGUGCAAACCGGAACUGUACACGUCACCCAACGCGGUGUGCAUCGAUUGCGCCGACUGCAAUUUGACUCUGAGUCCCGCCGAUUUUGUAAGUCACGCCCAUCGUUCAGUGGAAAAUCGUACAUGCCAUUGGGGUUUCGAUUCGACCAACUGGCGGGCCUACCUCCUCCUAGCCCGUCGUCAACAACAGCCGCAGCCAUCCAACGAUGUCCUGCUCCAUCAGCUGGAAGAGUUCAAGAAUCGAUUCUUUUCUUCAUCGACUCCAGCAAAGACCGUUAAGAGGAAACUUCAGACGGCGGAGGAGCCCAUCAAAAUGAGUAAAGUCUAUUUGGCGGCAACAACGACAGCAGCAGACAUAAUGGUUGAGAACCAGCACCCUCCGAAGAGGUACAAAGAACAUGGCGGUCGCCAAUCGCCGUCUGCCGCCACGCCCUACGAUCCGGCCGGGUACCAUCACCACCACCACCAACUGUAUAACGCAGUUAUCUACAACAACAACAGUAGCGGUGCUGGUGGCAGUAGUGCCUAUGGAUUACGCGAGUCUCCUCCUCCUCUACAAGAAACGUCGUCGCGAAUCCCGCACGACAAGGCUGGUCAGCCCAAUGUGGCUCUACUAGCUCCGCCCCGUCUGCAUUUCAACUGUGCUCCACCUCACGCCUACGCCGAUCCAUUGCCGUCGGUCGGCAACCCCGAGAUUGAACUGAGCAGCACCGACACAGAAGACUCUGAAUCGAUACCGUCUCACAACGGAGAUGAGAAGCAAGUGUGGGAGCUACCAGCUAAUCUGGCUCAAGAAGUCAGCUCAGUUGAGGAGCUUCUCACAAAGGGAGGAUGUGAUUCGGCCAACAGCCGGUUAGUACUUCAGGCAUUUCGCCGUUUGUGCUUCCGUCUGAAUUGGGCCCAAGAACAGAAGCAGCAAUAUCCAACCAAUGGUGUCCUCAAGUUGAGGACUGAUUUGACGGAAUGCGAUGAUAGCAGCACCAAGUACAAAUCUACUUAGGUUUUUUUUGUGUCGAUUUUUUUUUUCCAACGUGUGUGUGUUUGAGCGUGAAAAAAUAAUUCUCCCACGCCGAUGUUCUAGCGAGUCGAGUGGUGGGGGAACGAGGGAAAGAGAAUGGAAUGCCAUCAAGAUGAGCUGUGCGGAAGCCCCACAUAAAACCGUGCCAAUCUCUUUAGAAGAAAAAAAAAGAGGAGACAAGGACUAUGUACAAUAUCAUAAAACACACGCAAGUCCCCCCUUCUCCAUCCCUCUCCUUUUCGUACACACACACACACACAUUCGGGUCGUGAUUGUGUUUAAGCGCGCGUGAGCGUUCUCUUGGGGUUAGUGAUCCCGGCCUGUAAAUCUCUUCCUUAUCGUAAGUCUUCUUUCUCUCUUUUCGCCAUCUCUUUUUCUCUUUUUGUUAUUUUUAUUUUGAAAAAAAUACGAAAGAAGAGGUGGAUGAAAAAAAAAAAAGACUUUAGAUGAAAUUGUCUGAUGACAGUAGUUUACCAUGAAUGGGUAGUGAUUCUUCUACAUAGAUAUAUCUUAACUCCUUACCUAUCUACUAAAAACCUUUGCAAUUUAUAUAUUAUAUAUAUAUAUACAUAUAUGAUAUCUACUGUAUAUAUAUAAAGAAGUUGAAGAAGUUAGGGUAGCUAUUGUAAAAAAAAGAAAGAAAUAAGGAUGAUGAUGCUCUAUUUUCCCCUUUUCUUGAGGCGAAAAAAAUGGAGGGUGAUAAGUAUGUGUGUGUGUCAGCUCAAUUCGGCUACGACCUGAUUGUAUAAUUUAUAGUAAUCAUUGUGAUGGAAUUGAGCUGAGCCAAUGUUGGCUCCACGUCCUCCACAAUUAUGGUGUUUGCGAACAUCGUCAACAUCCGACUGGAUUUUGAAAAAAAAAAAAAAAAAAAGUUCAAAGAAAUAUAUUUUCUCCUUUUAAUUGACUCCCCCCCCCCCUCCCAAAAAAAAUUAUUGUCUCUUAUCUCCCCAUACAUUUCCCUCCCUCCAUCUUACAUUACGUAGUUUACUUAACCUAGUUUAAAAUGUUCGUAAGAGCCGCGGACACGUUAACCACCUCCCUGCCCUCUCUCCCGACGUUGUGUGCCCAUUUGAACAACAACAUGAAAAAAGUAGCGUGCACUAAAUGUUUGUGUCAAGUCUGUUUCACUGCCAAGGGAUCGACUGCCACAUCUAAGCGCGUUUUUUGUUUCGGCACCACCACUGAUAAUGGUCCGAUAUAAUUAUAUAUCUAAACACAUAUAUUUACAUGUUUGUUUUGUUUUGUUUUGUUUUUUUUAUAUUCUGAAAUGAUUAUCGUUAAGAAAAAGUAAGAAGAAAAAGGGGGGAAUUAAUGGGAAUUGGGUGUUUGGGUGGAAGCUUUUUCGAUGAAAAGAAUAGGAGAAAAGAGAGAAAAAAGUACAAAAUUUAUUACUAUGUCGGAUGUGUUCACUGGCAACUCAGUUGAUAUGAAAAAUCAUCGAUUCUUUUUAUUGUUGUUAAAAUUUUUCCCUCCCUUUUUACGAAUGAAAAAGAAGUAGGAAGAAAUUGGAAGCGGAAAUCCAACAGCCCAGAGAUAGUUUCGUGCGCUUACAUCUUCUCUUGCGCGCGUGCUUCUACCGGUGUUAUGUAAAAUUGUAACAUAAAAGUUUUCGUUUGUUCAAGCUAAUCCCCCUACUUCUCCCGACUUUUUAUUUUUAUUAUUGAUAUACUUGACAAUUAAAAAAAAAAAAAAAGAAGUAAUCGUCGAUAUUACUAUUAAAGAAUGAAACACAAAAAGAGGACGAGAUUAACUCAUUUCUUUAUUAUUAUUUUUUUUUUUUUGAAUUCUCUCAUGGCUAUAAUGCAUUUAUGAUGUUUCCGCUUCAAAAUCCAUUUUUUUUUCUUCUUGCUAUUAUUGAAAUGCAUUUUGUCUUGUUUGUUUUUUUCAUGCUCGAUACAAACUUGUGAUUUUUUUUUCUCGCUUCGAUAAACUAUUGAAGAGAGACGAAAAAAAAAAUGAAUAGACUUGAAAUUGGAAAGCA